UUUAUUAGAACAAUAAUGGCCGCACUACAUUUUAAUUACAAUGUAAAGAGGGCGACCAAAGUUGAUGACGAGGGAAAGCCUAUUCUACAUGUCAAAUACCUAAAAUUUAAAGAGGGAGAAGCGACGGUAAGGGAAGCCAAAGUGGCAUCAAACUAUGAUUAUGUUGCAGAAAUCUACAAAACCCUUACAACCACCCCAAGGGCAGAACUUAAGUUGCUGGAAGAAGAGCUAAAGCAUGAAGUCCCUGAUCCCAUGCACAGCAUGCUGGAGGAUAAAGAAGAUAAGGGGGAGGCAAUUAUCAAAUAUAAGCGACGGAAAGAAAGGGAAACAGUAAUAAUCCUGCCUACAUGCACUGGUACAUUGUUUAUUGUUAUUUGUUUAUUGAAAUGACAUUUAACAUCAUGGC